AAUAUUUAACAAUGAACACUACGUACAGCCUCUAUAAAUUGGGACAUGGUCCAUUGUUGCAACUUCCCACAAGACAAUACUAAAUUAGUUUGGUCUACUGGUUUAAGAUUGUUGUUGGAAAGCCAUAGUAUCAUUAACAUGGGAUUGAGCACCGAAGCCAAAGUUGUGUGUGUAGUGUUCAUGACAACCCUCCUCUUGGCAAUGCUGCAGCAUUCACUUGCAGAUAUGAAGAUGGAGUGGGGAGGGAAAACCAAGUUCAGAAAGGUACUUUAUACCUUGAAGGACGAGAAACAGAAAUCGAUAUUCAAUGGGAAUGGGAAUGGGAAUGGAGAUGAGAAUGGGAAUAUGAAGAAGAAGAAGAGUGCAGUGGAAUGGGAAUUAAGGGCUGCACCAUUAGGACCAGACCCUCUGCACCACAAUGGGGGUAGUCCCAGGAAGAAGCCCACCACAAUGCCUUAG